AUGUCGAGUCGGACCAGCGGCGACUACGCAGGGGAAUCGUUUGACGAUGCCCCUGAAGUUCCCGAGAGCUUGAGUGUCUCCAUACCCAAAUCAACGUCGGCCCGAUCCUUGACUGAUAGUCCACCGAUCGGCUCAGGAGCUUCACCACAAACUCCAGAGCAACCAUUCCCUCAUUCUAGCUCACAGGACGAGCAUAAUACUGAGACAAAAGACCUUUCUGGGUCUUCUGGACAGCAAAAUCACCAAGACGAAGACAAGGAAGAUAUGCCCGAUGCGGAUCAAGUCGAUCCCCAUACCAAGGCCGAGCCUCAAGCUCCGGACGCAAUGGCCGAGGGCUUGAAGAUAGAGACAUCCGAAGGAAUCGACAGAAAUGAGGAUCAGGAUCGCCUAGCCACACCAGUGAAAGGAGAUUAUGCAGGUGAAGAAGAGGAGACCCCUAGGCGAAAUGUGGCGCAAAAAUCCCCCUUACUCACCUCCCACCGGUUAUCGACAACAUCUUCGCUGGACGAGGUGAACCUGACUUCGAGCAAAGACGAGGAGGGGCCCACCCAUCAAUCAACGACACUGCAUCUCGACUCGGAGCUUGAUGGGAAGCCUGCCCUCUCUGCCAUGGAGCGCUCCCCUGCGAACAAAAGCCCUGCGGCGAUACCGCCCCCACCACCUCCGACUCGCAAGCCUAGCGGUCCUUUUGCUUGGUUCUCACGCAGCUCGACCAGUUCCAAGGACGUCAAGUCUCCGCCCGCGAACGGACGCAGGAACACAUCUACCUCCGUAUCAACCGUCGCAAGUCAUUUGGAUCUCGUGGAAGGGGAUGGUUCAAGUGUUCAUUCAAGGCGACCGAGACGGAAUAGCCUAAAAGAUCAAUUUAAGAUGCUGCGGAUGAGAGAAGAGUCUGCGCUCCCCGAGAAUGACGAAAGCAGUGUGCGAUCUGGUCAAGGGAGCUUCAGCCAUUCCGUUGCAAGCCCACAUAUAAUCCCGGAGGAAGGCCAGGAUGGUGUUUCGGGGACGCCCUCAGUUGCCCCCAGCGUAACCUCGCCCGGAGCUGCUUCACCAUCGACAGUGAACCCAGGCCUGGCGCCCGGAACUGUCUCCGGAUUUUCUCAGUCUGCGACCGAUGCUGCUGCACCGGUAGACUGGGAUCUGUGGCAACAGCUGGUGAACAAUGGCCCGUCCGCAAUCGCCAGCUCAGAGGAAUUGAACGCAGCCAUCAAACGGGGUAUUCCGCAGACCAUUCGAGGAGUGAUUUGGCAAAUCCUGGCUGAUUGCCGGGGAGGUGAGCUGGAGGAGAUAUACCGCGAUCUGGUAGCUCGGGGCACUGAGAAGGAUAGUCGUGCGCCAAGCGUUCAGAUCCAUGGAGUGAACGAGAAAGAAUCCGUCACUUCAUCGCGAUCGUCUGUUCGGUCGACCAAUUCGGGCUCAGCAGGUCAACCGACGAGUGCAAUUCCCAGUCCCUCCCAGGAAAUUGAUUCGGAGAAAUUAGCACGAGAGCAAGCAGCCGCUGAGACAGCUCGAUUGAAGAAGGCCAAGGAGGAAGCUUCUGCCUUGUCCAAGUUAGAGAAAACUAUUCGACGAGAUCUUGGAGCUCGGACCAGCUAUUCGAAGUACUUUGUUUCGCAGGGAAGUCAAGAGAGUUUGUUCGGCCUGUGCAAGGCUUACGCUCUGUACGAUGAAGCUGUCGGGUAUGCACAGGGCAUGAAUUUCAUUGUCAUGCCUCUGCUCUUCAAUAUGGACGAGGCCGAUGCCUUUGAGCUUCUUGUCAAGCUGAUGAACAAGUACCGUCUCCGUGAGAUGUUCAUUUCCGAAAUGCCUGGUCUUCAUCGCUGUCUAUUCCAGUUCGAGCGACUUCUGGAAGACUUGGAGCCCGCUCUUUACUGUCACCUUCGGCGCCGUGGGGUUCCUCCGCAACUGUACGCAACCCAAUGGUUCUUGACCCUUUUCGCCUACCGCUUCCCGCUGCAGCUGGUGCUGCGAAUUUACGACCUGAUCUUUGAGGAAGGCCUGGAAUUCACCUUGCUCAAGUUUUCAAUCGCCAUCAUGCGUCGCAACGCCCAGGCGCUCUUGGAGAUGAAAGACAUGAGUGCCUUGACCACUUUCCUCAAGGAGCGCUUGUUUGAUGCUUACAUUGAUAAGCAGCCCUCUGCGUCUUCCAUCCUCGAGUCUGGGUUCUUUGGCAGCUCUGGGGCUGCUGACAAGGAGGUUUACCGUGCAGAACUACUUGUUGAGGACGCCUGUGCUGUGCCCUUGACUCAGGAAACAAUUAAAUCCUACACAACCGAAUGGGAAGAGAAGAUCUUUGGUGAAAAGGAGCGUGAGGCCGAACUCGAGAAUCUUCGGCACACGGUGAGUGCACAAGCUGCCCGCUUGCGUUUGUUGGAAGAGCGGUCCGAGGCUUCGGAUAAGGAGCAUGUGCAGCUCGCCUCGGAGCUGGUCCAUGCCAAGGUUGAAAACGAAGAACUUCGGGACAUGAACGAUGCAUUGAAACUGCAGGUCGAGCAAUUGAAGAAUGUCGUCGACAAGCAGCCGGGCGAAGUCGAGGAGAAGUUACGGACCGAGAUGGAUCGGAUCAUGCAGCGCAACAUUGAGGUGCAGAAUGAGAACCGUUCAAUGGAGGAAUCCAUGGCGGAAAUGGAGAAGGAAUUGGUCGCAACGAAGAUGAAAUGGGCCGAGAUCUCUGAAGAACAUGAGACCCUUCGACAGAAAUGGAGCGACCUCCGUCGGGCGCUUGAUUGA